AUGAACACUAAUACAACGUCUUCUUCCUCUUCCUCUUCAGCGCCAUCAAAGGAUAAUGGGAGGAAAUCACAUAGUCCCGAAAUAGAUGUGGAUGGUUUGAAACCUGAUUGUUCUUCUCCAGAAAAAGUGGAGAAGCAGCCGGAAGCAGGUGGAGGUGUUGAACAGAACACUGUGAAGCAGCGUGGAAAUGAAGUGAAGAAACAUUGUGACCGAAGUUCCCUCAACGACAACUACAGUAACCUAAGAAUAUUUUCAUUUUCCGGAUUUCAUUUCUCGAUUUUCGCUACUUCGAAAAACACUCUAUCUACUCCUAACCAACGACCCCGCACUACAAGCAGCACCUUUGAUGGUACAGAAGCUCUGAUCGCCACCCUCUCCGCAUGGGACUGGGUAACAAUCGACGGUCUGAAACUGCCAGCAGUCUCCAGGAACAAGGAACGCUACGUGGCUGUUCAUAUGGUUCAACUCAAACUUUUGAGCAAAUUCCCAUCGGAUAUUCCAUCAGAGAUCACUCGAAAAUUUACGAUGAGCUCUUUCAAAAUGACUGUAGCCGAAGCUUGGACGUUCAAUUCCAUAAAUGCAGUGAUCAGAAAAUUCGAUCUAGGAUGUCAACUGUUCACCGCGAAUGAUGAACUUGUUAAGCUGAACGAUGUCCAGUUGUUCUAUUUGAACGUGAAGCUGUUGAACUUGUAUCGAGUGAAUAAGGAUUAUGAGAAGGCGAUCGCGACAACGGAAAACAAUAUUCAGUUGUUGGCAACUGCGAUGCAGUUAAAGGAACAAGUUGAAAGUGAUAUUCAGGCAGUUCGUGCAGAACUUGGUCGACUUGAAAAGAGCUACAUAGUCAGUGAGUCCAAACUUACUGACUAG